AGCAGCCCAGAGAGCAUCAGGCACCUGUGUGUCUGUCUCUAAUCUCAUCCCUCUGCCUAUCAGUGAAGGAGCCAACCUCCAUUCUUGUAAACAGUCCACAGGGAGUGGCUAAGACAGCCUGCCAAGAAGAACUGAAACUUUGUGAGCGCAAUACGAGCUGGAAAACAAGUGCAACUCGUGUGUGUACAAUUUUUUUUUUCCCCCCGAGAUGAUGAAGCAGCAAAGUCAGCCUAGCUCAGACACAGAGAAACAAUGCUCAGGAAAUGUAUCUGCUUCCUUCCUCUCUGAAACUUAACAGGCUCACUGCAGAUCCUUACUAGAGCGAGGAAUGUUCAGCACAAGCUCAGCUGGUGACCAGCUAAGACGCCGCUGACUGGUCUCACUAUGUGGAGUUGCGAAGAUUUUAAUUACACUGACAACAUUCAAGACCAGCGUCUCUGCCAUGAUUUCCAUCUCGUCCUCUUUGUCUUGUCCAUUCUCUACCUCAUCAUUUGUUUCCCAACCGGUCUCUGCUACAAUGUUCAGCUUGUGCUGGUUAAUCUCUACAACAAGGCAACUAUGACCAUGCCAGAUGUGUACUUUGUAAAUAUGGCAAUUGCAGGAUUCAUCAUCAAUGCAGUGGCCCCAGUGUACCUUCUAGGACCAGAGUAUACCAAAUGGUCACUGUGGAGCUUCGGCAAUGAGGUUUACAUUACUCUGCUAAUUCUCUUUAAUGUGUCAUCUUUGGUGAUCAUGUAUUCCACAACAUUGCUCAGUCUGGAUUAUUAUAUAGAAUGUGCACUACCGAGAACUUACAUGUCAAGUGUCUACAAUACGAAGCACGUCUGUGGGUUUAUCUGGGGUGGAGCAGUUUUGACCAGUUUUUCUUCUCUCCUGUUCUACAUCUGCAACCACGUAUCGACUAAGAUCAUCGAAUGUUCCAAGAUGCAAAAUCGAGAGGCAGCUGAUGCAAUUAUGGUCCUUAUUGGAUAUGUAGUGCCAGUUCUUGCUGUACUGUAUGCUUUGGUCCUUAUUUUACAAAUUCGAAAAGAGGAAACUCCCCUUGAUCAGGAUUCUGGAAGACUGGAUCCAUCUGUGCAUCGGCUUUUGAUUGCCACCGUUUGCACACAGUUUAUUUUAUGGACGCCAUAUUAUGCUACACUAAUGGUGAACACAUUUACAAACAUUCAUGUGAAGUCCACUGACCACCGUUUCAUGAGGACAUUUCACUUCAUUGAGGGUUUGUCUAGCUUCUUGGCCUUCUCAAGCAGCUUUGUGAUGCCUCUUCUACACAGACACAUUAACAAAAACUUUCACAACAAACUCCAGAGAUUGCUUAAAAAAUUGCACUGUGGCAAUGAAGGUUGUGCCCAUGAGCGCACUGUGGUUCAGCAGGUGAUGACUUAACGACAGAUGGUGUUACAGUAACUUGGUUCUCCAUUGAUCUAACCUCAUCCAUAGUACUGGAUGAAAGGUGGCUGCUAUAGAAUAAGCUCUGAGCCUUAGCAUGACCACACUGCAAAUAUCAUACUGCAUGUCAUGUGAUUAUUGAUUCUUGUUUAGUCAUAAUUAGCUAUGAAGACUAAUUUAUACUGACAUGUUUGAAAUUUGCGCUAAGCCUUUUUGGUGGAAAAAUGGCCAAGAAGCAGAGCUGGAGACGAAUUCUUCAAUGGUGCUGAUGAUGGAAACUGUGGGGUUGGAAUAGUUCUAUAAAAUAGUGCCAACAAGGUUUUGUACAAGCCUAUAAAGAAUGACCCAAGCAUAUAUGUAUGGUUCAACCACAACCUACAAGAUCUUACUAUAUAUCUGCAAACAGGCAACGCAUCCUUGUGUUGGCUUAUCUACAUAUUAAACUGAGGCAUUUCUUUGUAAAGUUUUAUAAGCAAAGACAUUAAACCAAAAUUAGGGGGUUAAAAUGCAUAUGCACCCAAAAUAAUUUCCCUAUUCUGGAAUUGAAAGUAGAGGAGGUUCUACCACCUGUUGGGUCUUUACUGCUGUUGCUGAAUUAUGAGUAGAGAUCUCCAUCAACCCUGACACAUCUGUAAGAAGCUUUUCAGUUGAGUUGUUAUUGUCACUAGCCUGAAUUUUUUUAUGCAUUAUUUUGGGGACGCCACUAAAAAGCAAGACAUGCUGUAUAUAAUACAUUUCAGGAUUUUCCAAAGAAAUAUAUGGAAAACUCACAGGUUAGUGACACUAGUAGUUUGUCUUAAAUGGCUACGCAAGCCUGUCAAGGCUAUGACGAAUGGUCGUUGACUGCCCAUUGCACAUACCAGAGAAUCAUCUGGUGGGCCAUCAGUGUGAGGGUCCUUUCCCACAGGCGGUCCGCCUGGCAGACUCCACUUUGCUCAGCGGGGGAUCGAUACACUGAGCAGGUGGAUGACAGGUCUGUCUCUGCUCUCUUCUAUGGGGAGAUCGGA